AUGCGGAUCUUGCAUUGGUGCCUGCACACUGUAAUUCUUCUAGCCGCAUUAUGGCUUGAGGCCGCCAUCGUCAUCCUGAGUGCAUCUGGACAAUCUCACUCCCCCCGAUCCGACCAGCCAGAAACCAUCACCAGAGAUGUUGCCAUCAUCGGCGGUGGCUCCGCCGGAACGUAUGCAGCCAUCCGCUUACGACAGAUGGGCCAGACGGUGGUUGUCAUCGAAAACGAGGACCAUUUGGGAGGCCACACCAAUACCUACACCGAUCCCACCACAGGAAUCGCCUCAGAUUUUGGAGUGCUGUACUUCGAAGAUCAACCAUGGGUCCGAGACUACUUCGCCCAACUCAACGUGUCGGUCAGGAAGGUCUCUGCGCUCAAUCAAGGCGUCCUGCGCCGCAUCGAUCUUCGCACGGGCACCACUGUGCCGUUCUCAGACGGAACCACCAUCCCCGCGUUGGCGGCAUACGCGGUCCAACUACUGAAAUAUCCCUAUCUCAACACCGGCUUCAACCUGCCAGAUCCGGUCCCAGAAGACCUCCUUCUCCCCUUUGGCGAGUUCAUCCGAAAGUACAACCUGGAUGGGGCGGUCGACAUCAUUGCCCUCUUCAACCAAGGUGUGGGCGACAUACUGCAGCAACUGACGUUAUACAUGAUGAAGUACUUCAGUCUGGACGUGAUGCGCGAUGCGGUCGGUGGGUUUCUAGAACCAGCCAGCCAGAAUAACAGUGACCUCUACGGGGCGGCGCAACGGCGACUUGGAAGCGACCUCCGCCUCCGAAGCACCGUGCUGGCCACCCAUCGCGACGAGGACGCGGACUGGGUGUACGUGCAGACGCAGACCCCGACAGGCGAGCAGAUGAUCCGCGCGAAGAAGCUGAUUGUGGCGAUCCAGCCCACGGUCGAGAAUCUGGACCCCAUGAUUGACCUCGACGCCACCGAGCAUGACCUGUUCAGUCAAUUCCACCACACCUGCUACUAUACCUGUGUCGCGCACGUUCCGGGCCUCCCCCCCGGCGCACUGAUCCUGAAUCGGGCCCUCGAUACCGUAUACCACCUCCCGCCCCAGCCGGCGGUCUACGCCCUGAGACCCGUCCGGUCCCCCAACCUGACCUCCAUCCUCUACGGCAGCGUGGAUCAUAUCAGCGAAGAAGACGUGAAGCGUCAUAUCACUCAGAGCGUGCUGCAACUGCGCCACGCGGGGAUUCCCGUCGAGCCUCCGCAGUUUGCGGCAUAUUCCGACCACACCCCCUUCUUACUGACGGUCCCGGCGGAGGCAAUUCGCGCGGGCUUUUAUCGGGAUCUCAAUGAGUUGCAGGGUCAUCGCAAUACGUAUUAUAUGUCUGCGACAUUCAACUCGCAUGACUCGGCAGCGGUGUGGUUGUUUGUGGACGAGAUGCUGCGCAAGCAUUUCCCGCCCCCGGAAAACGGGGAUUGAUGUGCGCUGCGUGUAACCGCUGUGUGUACU